CCACCAUUCCUCUCCAUCACACCAAAUCAUCACAUAAAUCAUCUGCUCUGCAAAAAAAAUCGAAAGUCAAAAAUGAGUUCUUCAGGUUUCAAAUUUACCUUGCUUGUUCCUCUUAUGGUUGCUUGUCUCAUGGCAUCAUCAGCCAGAAAUUUCCACAAUGAUUUUGACAUAACAUGGGGAGAUGGCCGUGGUAAAAUCGUCAACAAUGGAGAGGUUCUCACUCUCUCCCUCGAUAAAGCUUCUGGUUCUGGUUUCCAAUCCAAGAACGAGUACCUAUUCGGCAAGAUUGAUAUGCAGCUCAAGCUUGUCCCUGGAAACUCCGCUGGCACAGUCACUGCUUACUAUCUAUCUUCGAAAGGAUCAACAUGGGAUGAAAUUGAUUUCGAGUUCCUUGGGAAUUUAAGUGCUGACCCUUACAUUCUUCACACAAAUGUGUUCAGUCAAGGAAAGGGUAACAGAGAACAACAAUUCUACCUCUGGUUUGACCCAACUGCAGAUUUCCAUACUUAUUCAAUCCUUUGGAAUCCCCAACGUAUAAUCUUCUCUGUUGACGGUACACCCAUUAGAGAGUUCAAAAACAUGGAAUCAUUGGGUGUCCCGUUUCCUAAGAACCAGCCGAUGAGACUUUACUCUAGUUUGUGGAAUGCUGAUGAUUGGGCCACAAGGGGUGGUUUGGUUAAGACCGACUGGACUCAAGCUCCUUUCACUGCCUCUUACAGGAACUUCAAUGCUGAUGCUUGUGUGUGGUCCAAUGGGGCUUCUUCGUGUAAAUCGAAUGCUUCGCCAUCUUCUGCAUCGACAAACAGCGCAUGGUUCUCUCAAGAAAUGGAUUCAGCUAAGCAACAAAGGUUGAAAUGGGUGCAAAAGAACUACAUGAUAUACAACUACUGCAAUGAUGCUAAGAGAUUUCCUCAAGGUCUACCUCCAGAGUGCAAUAUGUCUUAAAAGACUUAAAAGAGCCUAUUAGAUCAAAUUGUUUUAGAGAUUAAUAUUCAAUUAUAUUCUUUUAUUAAUUUUUCUUUAUUCAAAACCAGGUCAUGAUUCUUUUAUCUUUUGAAAUUUCCCAUCACUCUGUAUGUGAUAAGUGAUUAUGAAAAAGAUACGAAAAAUUAGAAGGAUUUUAAUGUCCUUUAAAGAGAA